GCGUUGCUAUCCGUAAACAGAGAACCACGUGACUCGAAGCCCCGCCCCUCAGCCGCUUUGCAGCAGCGGGACGAUUGACGGCCUGUUAGAGGAAGUUCGCGGUCGUGCUACUAUGUAAAUCUGCACGAGUGGACAACGCUAUCACAGCACGGAAGAGGAAGGGGACAGCAUUAAUGGAUAUUGUGGACACCUUUAACCAUUUAAUACCCAGUGACCAGUUGGAUGAAUCCCUGGUGAUAGGUCAGAACUUGGAAUGUGAAGCCAGUAAUGAGUUUGGGACAGGACCCAGAUUGCAAGAUUCACUGAAGAACAUGCUCAGUGACAAAGACCCCAUGUUUGGGUGUGCAAGCGCUCAGUUCAAUCUCUUGGAUAAUGAAGAUCCCGCUUUUCAUAUCGCUGGCUCGGCAAGUCCACGGAGUGGUUCAGCAUCUGCAGAAUUUACUAAUGAACUGAAUGCUGCAAAUACCUCGCAAGUUAAACAACCUACCGGCAAGAGAAGGAAACGUCUAAACGAUUUAGACUGUGAUUACAGUGAUGACCAACAGCCUAGCAUGUCAACUAACAGAUUAAUCAGAGGACGACCAGGAAGGAAACUUGCUAAAAGGCUCAGCAAAGGCUUUCUUAUUGAGAAAGGAGUUAAAGGAAAACAGCUGAAAAAAGAUUUGGUUCUUGGAGGGCGUAUUAACAUUAAUGAUCUUGAUGGUAAACUGUGGCUGAAUCCAACAGUUGUGUUGAGACGACUGACGGUCACAAUUGGAGGAUUUAAAAUUGAGUUGCUUCCAGGACCCUCUUACACACAGAGUGUUGAUACAAGCCAGUCGUUGUGUUUCGACGAUGGGUUUUCUUUUAGUGGCGACAUUGGUCUGGGCAUCUUGCCAGAUGAUGCUGGCAACAUACAGAAUGCUAUUCCAGAGAAUGUGGCAGAGAUGGAUGUGACUGAAAAGAGUUUGAAUGAUGACACAACUCUUGGUCUGGGCCCAUACGUGAACCCUAAUGAUGUGCAGAUCUCUAACAGUGUUCCAUUGGAGAGCUCUUGCACGGAAGACGCAAAACAAGACGAUCAGAAUGUUCCAGGAGAUACAAAUCCUGUCAGUCAAAGAAGGGACAGUGUCAAACAUCCACAGAGCAGUGAAAAUGACACAGCUGCAGCUGAUAAGACUGAUAAUAAGGAAAAGCAUCAGGCUGUAGCCAAAACACUGCUCAAGUCUAAACAAGGACCAGCAUCAGUCAAGAACAAGAACUUGGUUACGUGUAAAACAAGCCACACAGUUAAGGAGCAUAAAGACUCCCACAACAAGCCGUCCAAACCUAUCCAAAAAGACUUGCACAAAACAAAGUCAAAGGAUAAACGAGCCGUUUCACCUUUGAAAAGGUCAGCUGAAAACACUCAAAGUGAGCCCAUUGCUAAGAUGCAAAAAGUACACGGUGCAGGAGAUGACAAGUUAAAGCCAAAAUCACCGACGACACCAAACCCCGUCACAAAGAAGAGCCCAUCAUCUGUCAGUCGUGCUGGUGAUCACCUGGGACCAACCAAACAAAGGAAUCUUCAUCAUCACGUUUCCAAAGCUGAACCUGAUCCCCAAGUGAACAGUCAUCCAGGCAGUUCUUUAAAAUCCCCGCAAGAGAAGUUCAAAAUGAAAAAGCUAGAAAAGUUUCUUACAAAACAUAAAAGUAGGAACUCAAGAAGCAUCUCUGUGGAGGAGCCGGAGCUGUUUAUACCAGACAACGCUCCCGCUGUGAAGAAGGAGACAGUCGAAGAACAGCCGGCUAAUAACGAGGCUGUUUGGGAUGGAAACAACUGCUGCGGUCUAUGUAAAAAACACCACAAUAACAUGCUCAUGGUAGGCUGCGGUCGCUGUGACGACUGGUUCCACGGAGACUGCGUUGGUCUCGACUUGACCAAAGUGCACGAGAUGGAGGAAGAGGACCAGAUGUACGUUUGCUUAAAAUGCUGUGAAGAGGAAAGCAAGAAGGUGGAGCCAGAACAUCCGACUGCUGCCAAGCCAGAAGUUCAAGAAAAGACUGAAGUACAGGAUCAUAAGCUGCCGUCUAAGCCCCGUCCAGGAUCCUCCCAGGCGCUUUCGUCAGGGGGUGUCAGACCAGAUCCAGAGAGGAGACAGUCUACAGAUGUCAAAGAGGCAACUCAUAAAACAGGCGUUCAGUCAAAAUACGAGAUUAAAAGUAAGGCACAUUCUCUGGCGUCUAAGAAACCUGUUUCUGUGGAUGUAAUCAGGAGAAAUGUUCGUGAUUCUCUGAAAGAAAUCCUCACCCAGAGGUUGAAGGAUUCUGGUUUGAACGUGUCUGAAGAGAGGGCCUCUGAAGUCGCCAAGAAGACUGAGAGAGAGCUGUUUCAUCUGUAUAAAGACACGGAUCACAAAUACAAGAACAAGUACAGGAGUCUGAUGUUUAACCUAAAAGAUACAAAAAAUAAUGUUCUGUUCAGGAGAGUUCUCAAGGGUGAAGUUUCUCCUGGUACUCUAAUUCGCAUGAGUCCUGAGGAACUAGCCUCCAAAGAGCUGGCUGCCUGGCGACAAAGAGAGAACAGACAUACCAUUGAAAUGAUUGAAAAAGAGCAAAGAGAAGUAGAAAGACGACCCAUCACUAAGAUUACCCACAAAGGGGAAAUUGAAAUCGAGAGCCAGGAACCUAUGAAAGCACCAGAGCCUGUGGAGCCUGAGCCUGUACCCAAAGUGAUUGACAAUUCAGUAGAAGCCCCUCAAACCCCAGAAACGAAAGUAGAAAUUAUCGAGACGAAAAAAGACACGACGAGUCAACACAAGUCCCACCUGUUUGAUCUUCACUGCAAAAUCUGCACAGGUCGUAUGGCACCCCCAGUGGAAGAGGCACAAACCAAAGUGAUGAAAGUUGCAACUACGGUGGUUCGAAGACAGUCAGCCAAGUCCGAGGAGUCGAAGAGCACACCACCGCCGCCUGCCGUCGAGGAUGACCUGCACCUUACUGUUUUAGAAGAGAGUUUCCGAAAUGCCCAGUCAGGCUAUGACACAAGGUCGGAUCAUUCAACUGGAAGAGCUGAAGAGACUUCUUUCCUCACCAACUUGACGUCCUUGUGGCGGGGGUUCAUUCAUAUGCACUCAGUGGCAAAACUUGUAACAAAAGCUUUUCCAGUCUCAGGCAUUUUGGACAACAUGACGGAGGACCUUCCAGACAGCAUCCAAGUUGGUGGGAGGAUAAGCCCUCAGACUGUGUGGGAUUACUUUGAGAAGAUUCGAGCAACUGGAACAAAAGAAGUUUGCCUGGUUCGCUUCGCCCCUGAAACAGAGGAAGAUGAGAUCUCCUACACUCUUCUUUAUGCCUACUUCAGCAGUCGUAAACGUUUUGGGGUGGUGUCCAAUAACCUGAAACAAGUGAAGGAUAUGUAUCUUAUUCCCUUGGGUUCCACAGAGAAAGUUCCCCAUCAGCUUGUUCCUUUUGAUGGGCCAGGUUUAGAAAACAACCGUGCCAACCUGCUCCUCGGACUCAUAAUUCGCCAGAGACCGAAGAGGGAUUUUCUUCCUGUGGUCCCAACUGAAGCUGCAAGUGUUGUUCCUGAAAUCAAGCCGAUCAUCAUUUCCACAAAAGUCACCAGAACAACUGAGGAGGAAGAGAAAUUGUUCCUUUCGUCUUUGACUGUACCUCUCAAAAAAGACUUGGACAAACCACUUGAGACAACUGAAGAUGAGCCUGUGGAAGAAUCUUCUGAAGAGCCUUCAGCAGCAGAGGAGUCCAGCAGUCAGGAACCACAAAAACCACUUCGUUUUCUUCCUGGUGUGUUAGUGGGCUGGGGUGGGGAAUUACCUCCCCUGCCAGAUUUUGGCGAUAAGCCAGUACCUACAGAACAAGAUACUCCUAACAUCCAGGCAGCUCCCAACGAGGACGCAUCAACUGGUCAUUCUAAAAGCCCAACGACGACUGCUCCCCGCUUUGUCAUCAAGAAGAAAGAAGCAAAACCUGUUAAAUCUGAACCUGAGCUGUCAAGUCCGGAUGAUGCACCUGCUUCUAACAACUCAUCAGGAAAAGACGUGGUAGAAGUGGUCCAUCAUGCACCAGUCUCACUGAAAGAUAAACCUCCGUACGUAUCAACUGAUGAAUUCCUGACGAGCUUGUCAGGAGCUCCAAGUGGUACAGAAACCGAGAAGGUGGAAAGUGAAGGAAACUCUUCGUCGCAGUUGGAACCCCAGAUCGCUUCAGAUCACACAGAUAGUCCAAAAUCGCCUUUAAGUGGGAUACUAAAAAAAUCUUCAGCAUAUUCCCCUGUAAAUGAAGAUAAGUCUGUGGUGCAACAGAAGGAUAAAGUCAGCCUCCCUGAUGCUUCAAGUCCUAAACCAGUUCCUGUGUUGAGCAGUACUAGAAGGGAGCCAGUGUUGCCAUUUCACCAAGGAUAUUUACAGCUGUCUCAGGCCAGACAAAAGCCAGAAGAAAGCCCAGUUGCUACUCAGUCAUUUCUCAAUAAAAAGAAUGAUCAUGGUAUGGUUCAACCUGAUGCUGUAGUGACUCAAAUACAAAAUCCUCCUCAAGUCCAAGAAUCUCAAGAUAUUUCCGCCACAGAACUUGAUUCUGUUUUCACUCCGGCCAUGCCCGAAUGCAACAGUGCAGCUCAUUCUACCACCGUCUCCACUGACACCGACGACAGCUCUUCACAGGCUUCUUCUGGACUUCAGCCACAGUACCCCGAGAGUCUUUCUGAACCAUCUGGCCAAAUCUCCUCUUUGGCGAAAGACUACAAACCUCUAGAAGAGCGAUACUGUGACCCUUGGGAGAGGCCACGUAAUUCUCAAGACCGAGAUCACCACGGGAGGCACGGUUACCACAAGGACUCCCACCACGGCAAGAAGAGCCGACACCACGACAGAGAGAGACAUAGCCAUGACGACAAGUACAGAGAGAGGAGCAAGCACCACAGUCACUCAGACAGCCGUUACGGCGAGAAGAGGAAAGAGAGGUACCACAGCAACGAUUACAGCGGCCAUCACAAGGACCGGCACAGGCAUAGACGGGACUCUGAUUAUGAGAACGGACGGAGAAGUUCAAAAGACAGUUGUGCAUAAUUUUAUAGUUUUUAUUUUAUUUUUUUUGGGUGGGAAUCUCCCAUCCCAGAGCAUUUGGGACUCUUAAGACUUGGCUCGUUUGCCACAUGACUGAUACAACCCAUUUGACUACACUGGCUGCUGGUGCAGUUGUUUUAUACACCAGUCUGCAUCUUGUUUCUCAUAAAAGUUCCAUUUAUUGUUAUUGACAAUUCAGCCAAAACGAUAUCAUUUCGGUAAAAUUAUAAAUGCAGUUUUUAUUCAGACCAAGCAUUAAGGUAUAAUGGGAAUGUUUUCAGCUCAUUAUGUAUUGUAUCCGUCUUGUUCUUAACGAGCCGCUGUACUGAUGGCUCACAACGGUGUGGACUGCGUUAAAGUUACAAGAUAAAAUUAAUUUUAACCUAAACGUUUCACAGGAUAUUUAUGGACAGAUCUUAAAACAGCAGCUGUCUUUUUCAUUUUAAAUUUCCUUUA